CGAUACGUAUUCACGAUAGAGCGAGUUCAACCCGAUACGUAUUCACUAUUCACGAACGGAAAAAGCUUCUGAUUCACGAACGGAGAGAGCGAGCUUCUGAUUCACGACGAGGAGAGCUUCAAACCGCCAUGGAAGUGCUCUAUUUCCACCCUUGCUUUGAUCCCUAACUCUUUUGGAUCCUAUCGUUCAAUCGAAUUUCGAGAUUCAUCAUUAUUUUGGAAGAAUUCAGAAUUUCGAGAUUCAUCACUCUAUUUUGGAAGAUUCAGAACACUCUCUGCAUCAGAACCCUCUGUAUUUUUGCAUCUGCUAAGAGUUUUGCUGGUGAGAGCUUCAAUAGGAACAGUUCAGGGGAGUAUUAUCAGAUUUAGUAGAUACUUCAAGGUUUGUCAUUAAAAUGGAUAAAUCAUGGAUUGAUAUGCCACGCAAUACAACUGAAUACCUUGACGGGCUGGAUAAAUUUCUAGAUUUUGCAUUUGAGAAGCGGUCAGUUGAUGGUGUAAUAAGGUGUCCAUGUCCUAAAUGUCGCUGUAAAAAAUGGGAAAGUAGAGAUGUAGUGCGUGACCACUUGAUUUGCAAGGAGUUUCCCAAAAAUUAUAAGGUUUGGAUAUGGCAUGGUGAAACAUAUGAAACUAUCACAUCAAGGGACACUCAAGUAACGUUGGAGCCACUACAAAAUGAAAACCCAGUACUAGAUAUGAUAAAUGAUGUGUUUGGGGUAAAGAGAAAUUGUGAUGCGGAACCCACCUCUUCACCUGAACCAUCUGAGUUUGGAGAUGCCAUACCAAAUGAAGACCAAAGAGAUUUUGAUGAUUUGGUUGAGGAUGUUCAGCAGCAAUUGUAUGAAGGCUGUCAAAAGUACUCAAAGUUGUCUUUUUUGUUAAGAUUAUAUCAUAUAAAAUGCUUGUCUGGUGUCACUGAUAAGGCAAUGUCAUUAAUACUAGAUCUUUUGAAAGAUGCAUUUGAGUUUGCAAAGCUACCUGAUUCGUUCUACGAGGCAAAGAAGGUUAUCCACAAACUUGGUCUUCAUUAUACCAAGAUAGAUGCUUGCCCGAAAAAUUGCAUGUUGUACUGGGGAGAAGAUGAAAAUUUGGAGAGAUGCAAACAUUGUGGAAAAUCUAGAUGGAAGCCAAGAAAGGGAAAAAAUGGGACAAUUAUUCGUAUGAAAAACCUACCAGCAAAGGUUUUGCGCUACUUUCCCUUGAAACCAAGGCUGCAAAGAUUAUUCAGGUGCUCUAAAACAGCAAAGUCUAUGAGAUGGCAUGCUUUGGCGAGUAACCCAGAUGGAUUGUUGAGACAUCCAAGAGAUGGUGAAGCAUGGAAGAAAUUUGACGAAAAUCACCAUGAAUUUGCUAAGGAACCCCGAAAUGUUCGCCUUGGCUUAGCUGCUGAUGGUUUUAAUCCUUUUGGAGUAAAGAGCACUAAGAACAGCAUAUGGCCAGUCAUUCUAAUACCAUACAAUCGUCCUCCUUGGGAAUGCAUGAAGCAGACAUCUUUAAUUCUAUCUAUGAUUAUCCCUGGUAAAAAAACGCCAGGGUAUAAUAUAGGUGUAUACUUACAACCUUUAAUCAAGGAGUUGAAUGAGCUAUGGAGUGAGGGUGUGGAAACCUAUGAUUCUUCAAUGAAUGAAGUGUUUAGAAUGCGAGCAGCUCUUAUGUGGACAAUUAGUGACUUCCCAGGACUUAAUAUUCUAUCCGGGGUGGAACACUUAUACUGCAUAUGCUUGUCCAACAUGUAACUUUGAUACAAUCCCUUGCCGGCUGAAAUAUAGUCAAAAAAAUUGUUUUAUGGGUCACAAGAGAUUUCUAGAGAGGGACCAUAAAUUUAGAUCGAUGGAGAGGCACUUUGAUGGCACAAUUGAAGAAAGGGAUAAACCAAAGUUAUUAUCUGGGUCAGAAAUUUUGAAGCAACUAGAUAUUGACUAUGACAUAAAUGUGUUGAAUCAAUGGCAAAAGAAGAGUGUAUUCUUUGAUCUUCCUUAUUGGAAAGAUAAUGUUUUACGCCACAAUCUGGACUUUAUGCACAUCGAGAAGAAUGCUUGUGAAAAUGUCUUAUAUACAAUGCUGAAACAUGAAAAGUCAAAAGAUCAUCUCAAGGCUCGCCAAGACCUACAACAUAUGGGCAUAAAAGAAGUUCUUUGGCCUGAUGAAAAUGAAAAUUUUCGUCCUUUAUUGUUUACAAUGACAAGAGAACAAAGAAAGAUAUUUCUAUCAACAUUGAAGAAUGCAAAAAUGCCAGAUGGUUACUCAAGUAACAUAUCUCGUUGCAUUGAUGAAGAAAAAUCUGAGAUAUUUGGGUUAAAGAGUCAUGAUUUUCACAUUAUCAUGGAACAUUUGCUUCCAUUAGCUAUACGUAAUGUGUUACCUGAUGAGGUGACUGUAGUUUUGGUGGAGUUUUGCUCAUUUUUCAAAGAAUUGUGUUCUAAAAGCUUGAAUGUCUCUGAUCUUGACAAGUUGCAGCAGAGGAUUGUGCUCACCCUUUGCCAUUUGGAAAUUCUACUGCCCCCAUCAUUCUUCACUGUUAUGAUCCAUUUAACCUGUCAUCUUGUUCAAGAAGCAAAGUGGGGAGGGCCAGUUCAUUAUCGUUGGAUGUAUCCAAUUGAGAGGUUUUUAGGACAUUUGAAGUCUCUUGUAAGAAAUAGGGCACAACCUGAAGGUUCUAUAUGUGAAGCUUACUUAGCUGAAGAGACCCUCAAUGUGUAUUCACGAUAUGAAGGUGUUGAAUCAAGGAUGACUAGAGGUCGGCGUGUUGAUGAUAAUCCAAAUAAUAAUGGAACUUCUCAAAUGUCCUCCAUUUAUCCUCAAUUAGGUAGACCAGUAGGAAGGUCAUCAACUUUCACUUUGACCCCAUUAGAAAAAAUACAAGCACAUCGAUAUUUGUUGCUGAAUUGUCCGAAGGUUAAGCCAUAUGUCGAUGAAUUUAAAGCAGUCAUUAAGAGGAGGACUAGAAGCCGAAGACCUUCAGCUACUGAGAUUGAAAAGAUAGUUGCUAAAGAUUUUGCAAAUUGGUUUUCUCAACGGGUGAUGAAUCCAGACACAACAAACUCAAUUUCAGAAGAAAUGAAGUUUCUAGCCAAAGGUCCAAUGCAACAUGCUAAAAGAUACAGUGCAUAUAACAUCAACGGGUUCAAGUUUAGAACGGUAGAUAGAGAAGAUGGUCUACAAACUCAAAAUAGUGGAGUUUUUUUGACUUCAAAAACACAAUGUGUUGCAAGUAGUGCUGAUGCAAAUUUGAGGCAAGCUGAUUUGCCAUACUAUGGAAAACUGGAGGAUAUAAUUGAGCUGAACUAUUAUAGUUGUUUUCAAGUUGUCCUUUUUAAGUGUAAAUGGGCAGAUACAACACGUGAUAGGGGAUUCAGAAAGGACGCUUGGAAGUUCUCUUCAGUGAACUUUUCUCAAUGUAUUCACACUGGUGAAAGGGAAGAGCAUGAUCCAUAUAUUGAAGCUUCACAAGCAAAGUUAGUGUAUUAUGUGGAUGAGGAGGUUAAUAAAGGUUGGAGUGUUGUGGUUCAUAUGAUGCCAAGGGAUUUGUAUGACAUGGGAGAAGUUGAAAGUGAGCCAUACGAAGAGCAAGACUUGAGCAACUUAAUAUCAAAUGAAGAUGACACAAUGACAUUAGCUAGAGAUGAUGUAGAUAAUGAAUUUAUACCUUUAAGGGUUGAUCAAGAUCAACAUCAGGAUUAUGAUCUAGAACCCUGAGUUGAAAUGCUAGUAGAGCUUGUCUAUGUUAGAUUUGUUCAUUAUGCUAUGUUUGUUUACUAAGUUGUGAACCUAUUCUGAGAUUUGUGAAUGAGUUUAUUAUGAUA